AUGAUUAGCAAGGAAGACUUCGAGGCGAUGAUGUCACGCUUGAUGAAGGAGAUACGGAGGGACAAGAACUCAUCAGAAACCCCACGGUCUACUCCAGAAACGACGACCAUGAACCUUCUCAUGAGACAGAUCCCCGAGUUCCGGUAUGACCCCGAAGAUGGUUUAACAUUCGAUUUGUGGUUCAACCGCUACGAGAGUGUGCUCGAGAAGGAAGGAGCAGCACUGGAUGACACUGCGAAAGUCCGGUUUAUCGUACAAAAACUGGAUCAAGACGCAUUCCAGAAAUACGACGCCCAUAUACUCCCGAAAAAGUACUCCGAUUUGAAUUUCGCAGACACGAUCUCAAAACUCAAGGAACUGUUUGGACACCGAGGGUCGGAGUUCGCCCGAAGGUAUCAGUAUUUCCAAAGUAAAUGCGAGAAUACCAGUGGAGGAACCUUCGACGAUUAUACUGGGUUAGUCAACAAACGACACGAACUAUCAAAUAUGUCGAAGAUCACGGCUGACCAGAUGAAGUGUUUGGUGUGGAUCUGUGGCCUCAAGGGUUCCGAACACAACGACGUUCGGGAACUCGCCUUACAAUUUAUCGAGGACAAACCAGAGUCCACACUGAGCCAACUUCAUCAACAUUCAGCUGAAGCUGCUCGCUUGGUUCUCGAAUCUCUGUCAGCUGUAGCGACGCGUGAUUCCGUGCGCGCGUCGUCUGGCAUCGAGUUGUCCGGCAUCGAGUUGUCCGACAUCGACUUGUCCAGCAUCGAGUUGUCCGGCAUCGCGUUGUCUCGGCAUCGAGUUGUCGACAUCGAGUUGUCCGACAUCGACUUGUCCAGCAUCGAGUUGUCCGUGUUCGUGCUAAGAUAG